GUUCAUAGAACCUUCCUCGCCAAAAUAAUUGAACUCUGAUUAUAAAAAGUAUUUCUGCGAAUAUUACGUGCUUCGUACAAAAGAUUUGGAAAUUUCGUCAGCAUCCUAACGAAGUUAUAUUGGUCAGAGAUCGAAAUAAACAUUUUCUCUGAUAAGUGUUCGAGUACCUUUUAAUGAUUGUACUGCGUCGAUGUAUUUUAACGAUACUAGGAAUAAACAAAUAUCGUGAAUCUAAGUUAGUUUUCCUUUCUGUGAGUUUGUAAAUCUAAUUCGAUUAGAUUGCUACGUAAGUUGGUCAUGUCAGUCGAAGGUGAAUUCUUCCUCUCGAUCACAGGAUCCAUCGAACACGCGGAGUUUUACGAUGUUGACAACGCCUACUGCAAAUACGGAUUUCACUUUGGUCCCGAAUGGAGCGUAGUUGCCGGUAUCGAGGAAGGUUUGACGCAGAUGUGCAAAUGCAGCAGCGACCCACGAAAUCUGGCAGUCUGGAAUUUUCCGCUAGAAGUCACGUUCAAGAGUACUAACCCGCAUGGAUGGCCACAGUUAAUAAUGUCUGUUUAUGGCUUGGAUAUCUUCGGCCACGACGUCAUCAGAGGAUAUGGAGUGUGUCAUUUACCGCUGAAAACAGGUCAACACGAGAAAAGAAUAUCCGUGUACGUGCCGGAGUCCUCCUCGACGUUGCAACGAUUUGCGGCCUGGUUAACCGGAAGAAGGCCAGAACUAAUUGAUCCGGCGAUAUUGGCUUCUGGUGACGGAAGGGAACUCACGCGCAUGAGAGUGGAGGGUAUUGUUACCGUAACAUUCAACGUGGUGCUGAAAGAUUUCUUCAAGUUGGGCUACAACAAUGGCGAGCAACGUAACAAGUAAUGAGAUUUGUUGGCCGACGUAAAACGCCCUCGAUUACGACAUUAAUAUUUCCUUCUUGCUUCCCGCGUCUGCGGCUUCGUAUCUCGUGUCAUCUUUCUUCGAAUUAUAUUUCUUUGACCGUGACGCGAAUUUACAAGUAAAUAUUCGUGGAUGUAUCUUAUUUACCAAACCUGAAAACGAACGACUAGAUUCAUGAAAAAUGAAAAGGCAAUGUUUAAUUAAAAUUAGAAAUUGAACAUGUACUUGUGAGUGUGAGUAAUAUUUUGUCGAGCAGCGAGUCUUUGUGUAACAUAAAAGUGUCGUAUAUACUGACCGAUGAAUUAACCUUUUCAUCGAUCCGUAACACCAAAUGUGGUUAAAAAAAUGUUUAACGUUUUAUAACUUAAAUUGUAACUUGUAAAUAAUAUUGGAAUAUAUUUGGUAUUUUUCCAUAUG